CACCACCAAAAAUUUAAGCUGCGCACUGAUUUUAACUGCUGUGUGCGAUUUAGUUGCUGUUGUGUUAUAACCAACAACACCACCACCCACCAAACCUCUCUGGCCUGGCGUCGUACUCGUUAUAUAUAUCCUUUGCUCCCGCUUUUCCCUAUGACCUAUAAUUUGCUUUGAAAAAUAGAAUGCCUCUGCUUCUAUAACCCCCUAUUUGCUCUCUAUAAACUCUUUGCUUCUCCAUACGCCAACCCUACAAUUUUCUAAAGACACAGACGCACAACGAACACACCCCUGUGCGCCCAGCGUCCCACCUAAAUCCCACCUCGGCGGACACGGACAAGAAUACAGACGAAAAAUCACAGCUCGCGCCGUGCCCAUAGCAGAACGGGGGGGUGUGCGCAAAUCUCCAAUAAUUCCACUCACUCUCUCUCAACCCGCCCUCUCUCCCCCAACCCGGCCGCCGGACCGGAACGAAAAGAAGACGACCCUACAAAGCGGGCUGGCGACGAUGUCUUCGAGCAGCAGCAAAAGUAAAGCCCACCUGCGGCUGCGUUCAGACUCCAACCGGACGACCUUCACUAACAUGCUGGCGAGUGUAGAGGCAGCUGCGGCCGAGUCGCUGAGUGAGGAUGCGCUGGUCCACCUCAAGUCGUACAAGUACUCUAGCGUCGAUGAGAGCUAUAUCUCGAAUUAUAUCUUAAAACACUACUGGAAUGCAUGUGUGGAAUUCCUACCCCUGUGGCUGGCGCCGAACAUGGUGACGCUGCUGGGCUUCUUCUGCAUUAUCAGCAAUGUGAUUUUCCUAGUCAUAUGGCAACCCGAGAUGAAUGGCCAGGAUCCGUCAUGGAUCUACUACAGCUUCGCCUUCGGCCUCUGGGCCUACUCAACCAUGGACAACAUCGACGGCAAGCAAGCGCGCCGCACCGGCACCUCCAGCCCCCUCGGCGAGCUCUUCGACCACGGCAUCGACUCCCUAAACUGCACCCUCGCCUCCCUCCUCGAGACCGCAGCAAUGGGGCUAGGAAACUCUAAAGCUGCGAUGUUCACGGCUCUCGUGCCUUGCAUACCUAUGUUCUUCUCGACGUGGGAGACAUACCAUACUCACACCCUGUACCUGGGGGUCAUCAACGGCCCGACUGAGGGUCUCAUCAUUGCCUGCUUGAUAAUGAUGCUCGCGGGCCACUUCGGACCCGUCAUCUGGACGCAACCACUCACCGAUUUCUUCGGCACAGCCUGGUUCCCCUCCUCCCUCUCCGCGCUCACCUUCCGCGACGUCUGGGUCGGAAUCAUCAUUCUCACCCUCUUCGGGACCCAAAUCCCCUUCUGCGUCCUCAACGUCGUGCGCGCGCGCCGCCGCGACAACCUCCCCGUCGCCCCCGUCUUCCUAGAGUGGACGCCAAUGAUCACCUUCUCCGUCGCCGUCGGCACCUGGCUUCUCUCCCCGCAUUCCACGCUAAUGGCAGAAAACCACCUUGUCCUCUUCUGCCUAACCAUGGCCUUCGUCUUCGGCCGCAUGACCACGAAAAUCAUCCUCGCCCACCUCACGCGCCAACCCUUCCCCUACUGGACUGUGAUGCUCUGGCCUCUCGUAGGCGGGGCAUUGAUCUUCCACCUCCUCCCGUCGAUGGGCUUCUCGCCGCUCACUGCGGAUAUGGAGUUGUUGUAUCUGCGCGCGUACUUUGUGUUCGCGGCGGUGGUGUAUUUUAGGUGGGCGUGGCUGGUGGUUAAUUCCAUUUGUGGGUAUUUGGGGAUUAAUUGCUUAACGAUCCCGGAGGUUAAGGCGAGGGAUUUGGAGAGGGAACGGAAGUUGGCGGAGACGGGGAGGAGGGGGGGGAGUGCGAGUGCGAGGGGGGGGUAUGUGGGUGAUGUGGCGGAUGCGAGGGGGAAGGUGCAUUGAGUGUGGAGAUGUUGGUGAGGAAUUGAGGAGGUGAGGGGGGUGGUGGAUGUAUAUAGCCCAUGCAUGAAUGGAGAGGAAGGAUGAGUGGUAUAAAAUGGAGACAUGAAGGGCCCAGAAGGGGUCAGAACGCAAUACAGAGAGUCGAGUUUGCAUAGCGAGCGAGCGAGCGGUGCUGCAUUACAUCAGUUCAGACUCUUGGCGGAGGGGGUUCUCUUGAUAGAGAGAGAUGGCAGAUUGGGUGGUUGAAAGAAAAAUGGUGACUGGAGACGGUUUACGUUUAAUGAGCAAAUAUUGAAUUAUACAAUCCUGGUUAAUACUAUAAUAAAACAG